AUGGAAGAGUUUUUCAAAGAGUUCGGUCAGAUUCUCAAAGACGUGGACAACAAGUUGAAGUGGGUUUCGUUCGACGGUUCGUACGACUUAGCGUAUCUGGUUCAAGGCCUGACCGGAAGAAAACCACUGCCCGAGACUUUAGAAGCUUUUAACAAAACCGUUGAGGAAACUCUAGGGCUUACUUUUGAUGUCAAGAAGAUUGCGGUUGAUUGCAAAGGUGUGUCUGCCCGUUACGGUUUGCAGAGAAUAGCAGACGAUCUUCACAUCAAACGUGUGGGUGAUGCGCACCAUGCCGGUUCCGACAGCGAGCUCACUGCCCGAGUGUUUACUGACUUGAUAUUCAGCAUAUCGAAGGAGCAAAAGAGAGAGCUUGAAGAGGAGAAACAGAAUGAAGAGCGUGUGAGACGUGCUAUGCAUAUUAUGCACGAAUCGGAACAAAAGAGAAAGCGUGAAGAGGAGGAAGAGACUGAAGAGCGUAUGAAACGCGCUAUGCAUAUUAUGCACGAAGCUGAAGAAGCUUUUGUGAUGGAAAGACGUGGUUAUGUGACGGUACAGCCAAGAUGUGGUUACUUACCGGUACUGCAUCCACCACCAAGACCGGUUGUGUUCCAUCCUUACCCACCACAGUUUGCUGGCUACUUUGUACAGCCACAGCGACACAUUCAUCCAUUGUUUUUACAUUAA